AUGUCGCCUCAGUUUCCUGGUACUCCUGCUGAGGCUAUGGGUCAUUAUACCGAGAUGCAGAGUACUAUGCUCUCUCUGCCAGGCUCUCCUACGGCUAUGGAAGGUCUCGCGCCGGUCUCUCAUCAGCACGCUGAAACUGCCCUGCAGGGUGAGCAGGAGCAAGGAUCCCACUUUGACAAUGCUUUCUUCGAUCCAGAUGACAUAUCAUUUGACAAAGUGCCCACUCAUGUCCCUGACAGCUUUGACUGGGAGACAUUCGAUAAAACAUACAGAAGUUCUCAUGAGCAAGGAGCAAAUGUCUCGUUCGAACGCCGCAACCUCAUCCCGACUUACAAUGCCCGUGGCUAUGGAAACAUCCAACGUCAAGCUGAUGACCACGGCGAUGAGGCUCAGUACGCUGGGAUCUUCGAAAGGGCAGUUGAGACUCGCAACAAGGGUCAGCUCAAUGCUGAUUUCUGGGAAAAUACCACUCUGUCUCCCAUUCCUCCUAGUAUCAAUUCUGUUCUUGAGGUAUCCCCUGUCCAGCAUCACAACAACACACCCAGAGUCCAACACAUUGAACAAGGAACUGCGCAUCAUGGCGUUGGCGGCUUCAAUGCUCACGACCACGAACAGAAGGAUGACAUGCCCAGUUAUGGCAACCCCUCUGCUCGACACCACGAUGUCUCAGUUGAGUCCAUCGGUGUUGGCAGUUCCAAUAUCGAAACCCACGAGGACACAGACCCUGCUUGCACUGGUGGCACAUAUGAUGCUCAUCACGGCGUGGAGAUGAUCGGAAGCCACACGUCCGAAAGUCUCGAUGCUCGCACUCCCGUCGCUCAAGCCUACGUUCAAGCUGUCGAAGAACCUGCAAAGAAACCUACUCCUACCUUUGCCAAACAAUCGGACGGAGGUAGAAGAAGAAAUGGCAACCAAGGCCAAAGCUGGUAUGUCCUCGUUCUCGUCAAUCCUUCCCACCACGUUGGACUUCUAAUGACCUUUAUCGACAAUGCUAGGAGCGAGCCAAUUCAUUCAGACUUAUCCGGAGAGAGAGAUGAAAGUUCCGAAGCACAGUCCUCGUCCCAAAAUAAUUCGGGUGACAGCACUCCUCCAUCCGCAAAUAUUGAGGACCUCAUUGACCCUGCACUUACCGCGUCGAUUCAGAACAAUGUUUCCAAUUCUGAGUCUGCCAACAUGACCUCUCAUCCGGCUCACAAUGCCGAAAAGGCAUACGGAACCCCUGCUGACAGCCAGGAGGCACAGCUGGCGUAUCCCUCUAGCAGUCAGGGCGUUUCUACUUCCAUGCAAGACCAGUCCCAACAAGACUCGAAUGGUUUGGCUGCUCUCAAUCGUCCUACGAACAAUCAGGCACACCGGCCCCCAACCGUGCAACAAUCGCAACACCGAUCUUCGAGCUCCGCUGCGGCUCCCAAUCGUGUUGAUCAAAGCCAAGAACAUCCUGCGCGGGAUAUCUCAAAUGAGCAACAGCAAAUUCAGCCCCGACCAGUUAACUCCGAGAGACCUGCCCAAGGCAAGGCACCUCAAAGCCCACAUGCAUCCGUGGUCUCCGCGGCCGCUUCCAAUGACUAUCAUAGCAGCGAGGCACCUCCGGCCUUCUCGGAGCAAGCCCCGUCUGAUUCAGCUGCUGAUAGACGUAAGAAACCGACAGUUGUGGACCAACUAUUUCCGCCAAUCGAUGCAAUACCCGGAUUACCGACCUCUCAUGAUCUUAUGAACCCCGAGUGGAGCAGACCGGAAAUACAAACCGCUGGAGUGCAAACCAGUUUCGCGUCCUUGGAAGAGGCGAUGAGUGCGCUCAAUCCUCCCAAAGGACCUGGUCGCGACCCGCAUUUGGUAGUCUCGGACGCGCAAAAGUUGACGAUUGUAAACUCUUUUUUACGGGCAAUGAUGAACCUCGAUAGUGUGGACGACAAACCUAAAACCACACUUGUGUGGAAGAACACUAUGCGAAGAAAACCUGUGGAAAUCGAGGCCGCUUGUUGGAAUGUGUUGGAACUUUUGAUUGAGUAUCACCGCACAAUGCCGUUGCCACCUCCCAAGGAGGGAAAGAAGGGAGGCAAUAAAGGGCGCAAGGAUAAAGAGGAGAAGGAGGAGGAGGAGGACGACGAAGAGGAUGAAGGAGAGAAGACGAAAGUGAAAGAUCCCGCCAAAACCGGGGCGCUACUUUCCUUCCCGGACAGGGUUGCGGCCAUUGUCCGGAUCUUUCAUGUGAACAAGUCGACGUGUAAGCGGAUGUUAGACUACCAUGCCAAAUACGUCCACGACUUCGUGGACACCCCGCUGGAUUGUCUGGUCCGCUGCCGCGCGAACAUUAUUGUCAACGAAAACAAGGGAGGGCAAAUCAAGACCGGAAGGGCCGUCGAGGCAGCGGCGAAGACAGAGGCGGAUGGGAAAAAAAAGGCGACGGGAAAGGCGAAGGGCAAGGCGAAGGGAAAGGCGAAAGCAAAGGCUGAGGCGGAGGCUGAGGCAGAACCGCCAGUCGGCGGAGGUUCUGCUGACGAAGCCCAUGAGGUCGAGGACGCCGAGAAGGCCGGAAAUGACUCUCAGGAAACUGUCGCUGUCCAGGAUCAAGACACUUCAGGUCAGCGUGGCCCCUCGUAUGCUUCGGCGGCACGCGGGCAGCCAAGCUACGGCCACAACGGACAGUCAAGCUACGCGCAGAACGGGCAGUCAAACUACGGCCACAACGGACAGUCAAGCUACGUGCACAACGGGCAGUCAAACUACGGCCACAACGGACAGUACCCACAGGGUUAUUCCAUGCAAGGCCAGAACAAUACCGGGUACAACCGAGUUAUGAGCAAUGCCGGACACAACCAAGGCAUGAACAAUAACAGACACGUCCCAGGCAUGAUCUAUACAGGACAGUACCAAGGUGUGACCAAUGCCGGACACAACCAAGGCAUGAACAAUGACAGACACGUCCAAGGCAUGACCUAUACAGGACAGUACCAAGGUGUGACCAAUACCGGACACAUCCAAGGCAUGACCUAUACCGGAUACAACAAUAUUGACACCGGCGUGUCCAGUACCGGCCAAAUCCAACGCACGAUCAAUACCGGACAAUUACCUCCUACAAACACCAGUGGACUUCACCCGAGCAUGAACAUGGACAUGGUCCCCAUGGAUCUGACGCUGGACGCCGCUCUUCAUGCCUAUGGAUCACACUCCGAAUAUGAACAGCACGGCAUAUCUCCUGAUUUCAGUGCAGCCGCUGGUCCGACUUCUGACGCUUCGAGUUCUCACACGUCAUCAAUGGAUCCUUCCCUGUGGGCAGCAAACAUGAGUUGCGAGAUGCCGCCGCCGCCUCAACUGCCCCCUCAAAUGUCAACUUUUUAUCAGCCGACUUUGAAUCCCACUUCAAUGGUUGGCCCGAAUCCUAUCGUUUCGAGGAGCAUGGGAUUGAACCCUGGUUUGCCGCCAAACAACCAAACGCGCGGCCGCAAGCGAGGAUCAGCAGAAACUGGAGCCGAUGAGAACGGCCCUCCUACCAAGAGACGUCGUUAG